CAUUGGACCUGGGCUGAAAGGCAGGCGAGAGACAGUUUAGCUCAUUUCCGGGAACCUUUUAGCCUAAGAUCAGCACGGGAAGGAGAAGCACUGCCCUUUUUUUAGCAGGAGCCUCAACCUCUCCCUGUGAGCCCAGAGCCCAGCAUUCCCUCCUGCGAAAUGCAAGAGAGGAAUGCAAUCCUCCUGUCUGUAACAAGGCAGCUGCUUCAGGUGUGUUGAGCUUUUGCUAGAUCCUUCGCUCUCCUGACUGUUCAAAGUGGACCCCAAGGGAGAAGUCAGAGCAAACAGGUUGCAGCCUAGCAGUCCAAGAGGUUCAGAAGCAAACCUGGAGGUGAGACCUGAAGAAAGUUGGAGCCAUGCUGACCUUGAACACUUCAAAGAAGCAACUUCUAUGUCUGAAAAGCCCACCACCAAUUUUGCAAAUGAGGAAGAUGGGGGUCCCCAAAUCUGCCGCGUCUGUGGGGACAAGGCCAAUGGCUAUCACUUCAAUGUCAUGACAUGUGAAGGAUGCAAGGGCUUCUUCAGGAGGGCCAUGAAACGCAAUGUCCGACUGAGGUGCCCCUUUCGCAAAGGCACCUGCGAGAUCACCCGGAAGACGCGGAGGCAGUGCCAGGCUUGUCGCUUGCGCAAGUGCCUGGAGAGCGGAAUGAAGAAGGAGAUGAUCAUGUCCGAUACCGCGGUGGAGCAGAGGCGGGCGUUGAUCAAGAGGAAGAAAAGGGAACGAAUCGCGGCUCAACCGCUGGGGGAGCAGGGGCUGACGGAAGAACAGCGGUCCUUGAUCAGGGAGCUGAUGGAUGCCCAGAAGAAAACCUUUGACUCCACCUUCUCCCAUUUCAAGGAUUUCCGGCUGCCAGAGGUGUUUAGCAGUGGCCAUGAGAUUCCAGAGUUUCUGCAGACUCCACCGGGGGAAGACCCUGUCAAUUGGAGCCAGUUCAAGGAAGAUCUGUGUACCAUGAAGAUCUCUCUGCAGCUUCGAGGGGAAGAUGGCAGCGUGUGGAACUAUAAACCCCCAGCCAACAGUGACGGGAAGGAGAUCAUUCCCCUGCUGCCCCACCUGGCUGACAUGUCGACCUACAUGUUCAAGGGUAUCAUCAACUUUGCUAAAGUUAUCUCCUACUUCAGGGACUUGCCCAUUGAGGACCAGAUCUCCCUGCUGAAGGGGGCCACCAUUGAGCUGUGCAUACUGAGGUUCAACAUGAUGUUCAACGCAGAGACUGGGACCUGGGAGUGUGGUCGGCUGGCUUACUGCUUGGAAGACGUUGAAGGUGGCUUCCAGAAACUUCUGCUGGAUCCUAUGAUGAAAUUCCACUACAUGCUGAAGAAGCUGCAGCUGCAUAAGGAGGAGUAUGUGCUGAUGCAGGCCAUCUCCCUUUUCUCCCCAGACCGCCCAGGUGUGGUGCAGCGUGGUGUGGUGGAACAGUUGCAGGAGCGAUUUGCCAUCACUCUGAAGGCCUACAUUGAGUGCAUUCGGCCCCAGCCGGCCCACCGGUUCCUGUUCCUGAAGAUCAUGGCUGUACUCACCGAACUGCGCAGCAUCAAUGCCCAGCACACCCAGAGGCUGCUGCGCAUCCAAGACACACACCCCUUCGCCACACCCCUCAUGAGAGAAUUGUUCAGCCCCACAGAUGGCUGAGUGGCUGCCCUUGGGUAGAGCCUCGGUGGGACAGCGAGACCAGAGCUUGCCAAGCUGCCAUUUCUGGGGAUAGACAGAUGGACACCAUAGCUGGUUAGCAUUCCUCAAAGAGGGGACUUGAGUCUCCCAGUCCUCAGUUCAGACUGUGGACAGGGAAGCCAUGGACCCUAUGUGCAGCAUGAACUGGCCUAUUUAGGUCAGGACUGUUAGAGGCCAGGCUGCCCUUCCCUUAGACAAAGUUCUGUGGUCCAGUAAUAAAUCCCCAAAUCCCACUAAAUCCCUUGAAAUAUUGUGGUGGGUGGAGAGGAAGGAGCUAGAGGCUGGGUUUCCAUCAAUACCCCAGUUUACAGGCUUGAGUCUUUUCACUGCUACCUCUAAUAGUCCUGCCUUCCACUCCCCGCUCAUUCCCAUCCUCAGCCUCUUGCCCUGAGUUGCCAGGUGGGUUCCAGGCCUGUGCUCAUAGGCAGGUGCAUGUCUGUGGUGUCUUUGAGAGAAGCUGAGAAGCCUGCACUGAAUGUCAGAAAAUGGUCAUAACCUCACGCUGAGCACGUCAUUCUGUGUCUCUGCAUCUACCCAAACCCAUCAUUAAGCACCAACACUGUGCAGCCUGCUGUGGGGUGGUGUACAGUGUUGAUUUAGAUGUCAAUUCUGACCUUGAAUAGUUCAUAUUUAUGACAACAAAAGCUGAAACACCAAUGAUGCAGACCAAAAGGACAAUCCACACAUAAGAAGCACGAGGAAUAUUUUUGUGUGGAUGCUGAGCUGCACUGAGAUUUUGUGGGCACCUGGGCUCAGUGAAGACUCCCUAGGAUGUGCUUAUGGAAAGAAGGGAUGGGAACUGUGUCUGUGGGUACCUGUGUGUGACUUAGCACAGGUCUAUCUGCUCCCCAUCUGACUGGGCCUGGGUUUGCUCCUGAGGCUGGUUAACACUUGUGUGCUGUCACAAGGCUACAGUGACAGUGAAUAAAUGUGCUAGAGUAAAACCA